CAGUGCCUGGGGAGGCAAGUGAAGAAGGCAGCGAGCUGCGGCACCAGAAUCGCUUGCAGGGGGAGACAGGCGGGGAGCGGCUGAGCCCAGCCCCAGCUGUGUUACGGGCAGGCGAGGGAAGCCCUGGCAAUGAAAGCUUAGAGCCAGCUGCCUACAGGAGAGCCGGGGAGAGGCUGUAGCUGGGAGGAACCCGCACCUGAGCCUGCAGCAUGGCGAGGGAGCCCGGCCCCCAGCUGCCCAGCGUCCUGCCCGCCCAGAGGAAGCCCCGCAGCGGUUUUGCCAAGCCCCGGCCCCUGUGAGGAGGGGAGAAGUUGGCGGUGAGUCUCACACCGCAGCCAGCCCCCAGCCUCUGCCUGGCCCCGGCGCCCUGAGGAGGAGUCCGCUGUCUCCCGCGAGGCCGCUCAGCUGCGCCGGCCGCCGCCCGCCGGCAGGAGGAUGAGGAGCCGCGCUGCCCAGAAUUGACUUCUGCGUUGGAGCAUUGUUCGUGUUUCACUUACGUUGAAAUAUUAGAAGCUAUGGCGAAAGAAUGCCUAAAGAACUGCUGCAAAGGGUGUUUCUACGUGGAGAAGGAAAAGAAUGACUUUUCCAUGGAGAAGGAAUCUGAAGCUGCAGCUGAAAACAGGCAAAGCAUUGUGGAGAAACCUCCAUUGUCUUCUGUGUCAGUGAAGCGUCAAGUUGGCUGUUCCGAGGAUUAUCUCCUUGCAAAACUGCCAUCAGAUGGCAGGGAGGUCCCAUUUGUGCUCCCUCAGCUUAAACUAGCUUACAUACAACCCAAGAACCUUGGCAGUUUGUCGCACGUUGGGGAAAUUCAAGGAUCUGCCAGAGCCUUUGUUAGUGACAGGAAAGCAGAACUUUCCAAUAUAUACCAGCAAGGGCCCCAUGGUGACGUGGUGUAUAAUCCAUUCUAUAGGCAGCAGCGUAUUUCACCGGAUCUGACUAGGCGCUUCCCAGAAAAAUCAGAUGUGAGAUUAUAUGGAUCAGUUUGUGAUUUAAGGAGUAGCACACUUCCUGGAUCACCUGGUUUAAGCCAUUCGCUGUUUGAUCUCACAAAUCCACCCCAUCGUGUCAUCCAGAGAUAUGAUUCAGUCUCCAGUGUACCCAGUAGUACCUCCUCGAAGAAGGAUUCGCAAGGCAGUAACAGGAGCCUGGAUACCAUUACGUUAUCAGGUGAUGAACGAGACUUUGGAAGAAUGAACGUGAAACUGUGUUAUGUUCCUUCUGCAGAACAGAUCUGGAUCACAAUCUUGCAUUGCAAAGAUCUGAGCUGGCCUUCUAGUUGUGGAGAAAAUCCUUAUGUCUCUGUCAAAGGAAUUCUGAUGUUGCCUAAGCCAGUGCAGUUCAAAUCUUCAGCCAAAGAAGGUUCCAAUGACAUUGAAUUCAUGGAAACCUUUGUGUUUACUAUCAAAUUGCAAAUUCUGCAGACUGUAAGACUGGUGUUUAAAAUCCAAACUCAGACUCCCCGAAAGAAAACAAUUGGAGAGUGUGCCCUGCCACUACGAGAGCUCAAUUCACAGGAAUCCAAUCAUUGGCUGGAUAUAAUGCCUCCUUCCAAAGUUUCAGUGUGCAAAGCAGAACUUCAAAUAGGAACCUGUUUUCAAGCAAUAAACAGCAGGAUUCAGUUACAGAUUCUUGAAGCCCAAAGCCUCCCAAGCUCAUCCACACCGCUCUCUUUAAAUUUCUUUGUGAAGGUUUCAAUGUUUAGUACAGAAGGGUUGAUUUAUAAGAAAAAGACUCGUCUAUUGAAACCCACCAAUGGCCAAGUGAAGUGGGGAGAAACAAUGGUUUUUCCAGUUAGCCCGAAUGAACAAGGAAUUAAUUUUCUCAUCAAACUCUACAGCAGGACCUCAGUGAGAAGAAAACACUUCCUGGGACAGGUCUGGCUAAGCUCUAAUAGCAAUAGUAGUGAAGCAGCAGAUCAGUGGAGAGAUACAAUCGCAAACCCCGAAAAGGUAGUCAUUAAAUGGCAUAACAUAAAUCCAUCCUGAAGAUGUCGGAGAUGAAUUCAGUACUGAUAUGGACUUGCUACAAGAAACUCCUGCACUCUUAAAAUGAACUAAUACAGAUAAGAAGAGGGAAAAUACUGCCUACUUGAAUGUUUCAGAGAGUCUGGACUUGCAUCACAUAUUGUUAACUGGAAUAAGCCAAAACGAAAAGGGAUCAGAGCUUUCACAGAGUACUGCUGGCAAAAUACUGGUAUAACAGCUGGGAAUUAGUGAAACUGUACACUGAAGUAAAGCACCACCUUGAGAAGUGAACUG